UAUCCCCGCACUGACACACAUCGCGCUGCUUUCCCUCUCUCUCUAGCCUGUGCGAGGACCGUCGGAGACACGCGUUUCAUGGGCCCGUCGGUCGUACCGAGUCCUAAGGCGCACGUGACGGGAGCGCGACUGACGUGAACGCGGGUCGGACGGAUUAGACGCCAGACAACGGAGACAGAGGACAUCCGCGUGGUGUUGCGCUUCGCUGCGGGAUUCCUGUGGAAUAACCCUGCCUGCGGGACCUUACGGGACCUUACGGGACCUUACCGGACCGGGCUACACGGGAGCAAGGAAGGAGGAGGAGGAGGAGGCGAUGCCGCGUUUCCGAAAUGGAAUAUGAACGGAAAGCGCCUGUCUGGAAAGAGUCUCCUCAGUCUCAGUCUGUCUAGGAAGAGUCUGUCUGGUGCCCUGCUGCUUGCGGGAACUGCUGCCAUAUCCCAGUCAUCGUCGCCAGCAUCCUUACAGUCUCCAUCACCUUACAUAACUGGGAUUUGUGCGCGUCGCACGGUCGAGGGGGGUCCCGAGAAGCCCAUGGUGCAUUAUUGCAAUUGAUGCGUAAACAGAUUAUUUCAGAGGUUUCUGGGAUGAAGAGAAGGCCCGUUAUAUUUUUGACGCUCAUUUAAAGACGCGCCGGAGGAGGUGCGCACCUGUAACCUCCCCACGGGACUCCAUCCCACCCCGAUGGGAGCCGUUCCCUCAUUUCCAAAAAGAGUGACAGGGGAGUCAUUCCAGAAGCCAUCCGACGAAGACGUGAGUCUUGCAAAGAACCAUAAUGAACUCGAGGGAUUAUUAGAAAGACACGAGCGACGGAUUUAAACUGCGUGAGAAACAAAGUCGGCGAACAAUGAGGCGAGUCCCUCCGCCCUGAACACAGCAGCACUUCGGGGUUUAUCAAGAUGCAAAACGAUUUCACAGCCCGAGGGUCUGGGGUGAGCACAAUGUCCGCUGAUGUAAUCCCCAAUGAUGGGGGCCACCCGCCUGUGUCUGGCUACUCGGAGGACUUGGGUGUCUCCGGUGUCCCCCCCGCCGACGCCGGGGAGAAGGAGUGCCACACGGGGGGGUCAGAAGUGAGCAGCUUCCAGGAGAACCAGGCUUACUGCAGACAGAGGACCAGGGCGACCAAAGGGCCGGGGGGGUCGCUGGACCCAGCCGGAAGGGGGCACCACAAUUACGACGCGACAGACCGUCCUCGUGCGGAUAAAGCUCACUCGCCCACGGAUUUCAGGGGACAUUUCCAGCAAGAUACAAUAUCUCAGCUGCGCGGCGUGUUCGAUCGGACCCGUGACCAAGUGGACAGAAAUGGAGCGGCGGAGGAGCAAGAGCAAGAGCAAGAGCAGAGAAGCGGCGCCCGGGGAACGGCGCCCUGCAGCCUGGGCUCCUCCCUGUGUUUCUCCGGCGGAGCCAAAGACGAUCCGGAGGGGGUGUCCCCAUCGUGCGGAGGGAGCGCCGUAGUGCGCAGCCAGUGUCAGAUCAAUAACGCCACUUCGCCUCCGGAGCAGGGCGAGGAGGAGGAGGAGGAGGAGGCGGGGAGCCGCUCCGCGCCUGUUACUCAUUGUCUCCCAGCGGGAGCGCGGCCAGCGCAUGCGGGUGGUCAUAGGGGUAGCGCGAGGCACAGACACGACCGAGGGGAGCACCGCACGGCACGAGCGCAUUCGGACCCCGAUCCCGAUCCCGCGCCGGCAGCGUGGCAGAACGGAAGCGGAGCGAGGAACAUCGGAUCAGUAAAAGAGGAGCCGGACUUGGUGAUCGAAGUGUCCGGGAAGCGGAUCGAGGCGCACAAAUGCGUCCUUGCGGAGAAAAGUGACUAUUUCAAGGCGCGACAGUCCAGAGACAUCCUCACCGUGAAGGGCGUCACUUACAAGACACUGAAGCUUCUAGUGGAGUAUAUUUAUUCCUCUCACAUGGACGUGAGCAAGGACACCGUGGUGGACGUGAUCGCCGGCGCCAAGGUGCUGCAGAUCCCGUGCGCGGUGCAAGCCGCCGUGGACACCAUGUCGGAGCAGAUCACGGCGGAGAACUGCUACGAGAUCCUGAGCAUCGCCAAGCGGCAGCGGCUCAACGAGCUCAAGGAGACGGCCUAUCGGUUCAUGAGCGACAACUUCCUGCAGAUACUGAAGGAUCCCGCCGUGUACGGCCGCUUGACGGGCUCCGAGAGGGACCUCAUCCUCCGGAGAAGGACGGAAGGGAAGAAGUCGCUGCUGGUGGCCGAAAUCAAUGACGUUUACGAGCGCGUGGGCAGCAGACCCCAGAGCCGGAACAGCAGCCGCCCACAGAGCCCCUUGUCCGUGGUCUCCUUUGAAGAAAACCAUAUGAUCUACUACUACAGUGAGAGCGCAAAGGACUGGAGAUCGCUGACCCUGAUGCCGGAAGAGAUCAACACCAAGGGCUGUGGCAUCUGCACCAUGUACAACUACCUGUUUGUGGCAGGUGGGAUAAAAGGGUGCGGGGACAAAGGGAAGCUGUCGGACAAGGUGUUCUGUUACAAUCCCAUCACGGACAGCUGGAGCGAAAUCCGGCCCCUUAAUCAGCCGCGCUCGCAGCUGAAGCUCGUCUCCCUGGACGGCUACCUGUACGCUAUCGGAGGGGAGUGCCUGUUCACGGUGGAGAGGUACGACCCCCGCAUGGACAGGUGGACCGCCGUGGCGCCCCUGCCCAAAGGCGCUUUUGCGGUGGCGCAUGAGGCCACCACCUGCAAUGGGGAGGUUUACGUGUCUGGAGGGUCGCUCUUCUACCGCCUCCUCAAGUACGACCCAAAGAGGGACGAGUGGCAGGAGUGUCCCUACAACAACAGCAGGAAGAAGUCUACAGACAUGGUGGCGCUCAAGAACUUCAUCUACAGGUUCGACGUGAACCGAGACCACGGAGUCAGCGUGUUCAGGUACAACACCAUCGUGAAGAUGUGGCACGAUGCAGCGUCCCUGCAGCAGACCAACCCUUUGCCCUUCAGGUGUGCAGUCAUGGGCAACUGCAUUUACUGUGUCAACAAAUCCCAAACACUGCAGUUUACAGUUGGGGAGGACGAGGCCCAGUUUGGGCCAGAUCCCCUGAAGGCCCCGUUAGAGGCCAAGGGUGUCCUCUUACCCUUCAUUUUGAGCCUGCCUGAGAAAGUAGACAGAAAUGUGUGAUGUUUGGACACAGUACAAACCAUCUGUCACAAUGAGAGAGGUGAAGGAUACCAACAGCUCUUCUAAGUACCUUUCCCAUGUUCUGUGUUCUGCUGUUUUGUGUCCAGUUACUCAAAGAUGCAUUUUUAUUUCCUUCGCAUGAACUCUAAACAUUCGUAACAUGGGAUAAGCCUUAAAGACAACGGUUUGAAAAGAACUUGUGCACGAUGAAAUAUUAAGACCUUUAGUUUAUAUUAAGUGUACCUUCAGUUUUUUGAUGUAUCUUCUUGUGUUUGAGUCGUACAUCCUUGUAAGUGCAGGUAGAAUAGAUCUUGUUUUCAGAAAAACAUUUCAUGACGGCACCCUUUAUAAUUCAAGGUACGGCACACCCGAUAUUAAAAUUGUAAUAAUCAUCACACAAAAAGGCAAGGCUUUGCGGUCUUAACACAUAACCACCAACCUAUGCAAACUACAUGCAUCAGUUUACUAAGUAAAUAAUUGACAUUACAAAUAAGCUAACAAAUGGGCCGUAUGAUACUUUACAUUUUGUUUUCAGUAUGAAUUAAACAUUUGACUUUAAUACUGAAAAUAUUUAAACCUAUAAGUUUCAUUUCAAAUUUGAUCAUUUUGAUGAAGAUUGUUGAAGAUGUGUGACUUUUUGUUUUACACAAAAAUCUUUUGGGGGCAGUCUACAAAUAUGAUGGGGAUUGUGUUUCUGUUUUGCAGUGGCGGUCCCUAAGGCUAACGCAUUUCUUAUUAGUUCAUCAUUUAUAGUUUGGGAAACUAUAGGAGUGAGCUUGUGAUUGUGAUUGAAAACUUUGCCAAAGAUCAAUAAUUUGGUGGUGAACACUACCAGAUGAUUCUUAUUUGGAUUAUGAAGUUGCGCUCUCAAACCUACAGAGCUAUGGUCAGUUGGUACCUGAGACCUGUGUCAAUAUCCUUCAAGCCACACCACCCACCUUGCUAUGCACUUUUAAUAUAUAUAUAUUAUUUUUUAAUUUGGGCAUAUGAAGAAUUAGAAAGAAACUAUAGCUGCCUAAAAAAGGAGUACAGCUUCAUAUCCAAAGGAGGGAUUCUGAUACUGUACUUGCUUAAACAGAUUCUCACAGAAUUGUUGUCAAACUUUGUAAAUGUCAAACUGUGUGUGGACACAAAGGCUUAAACUGGCAGCAGCAAGUCACUGUUACUCGUCUGCUAGUGAACAAUACAAUGUGAAGCAAUAAAAUUAGAACUACAACACAAUUCAGACUAAAAGGCUACAACAGUUGCUAUAGCUACGUAAACUCCUUCACAAGGCCUAAGGAAAAUGUGCGAAAUUUUUUUUGAUGUACCCUUGCAUUUUCACCUAAGUAUUAGCUGCCUCUUAGCAGAGAACAGUUUUGGCAAUGAAAAAUGUCACAAUCCAUCUAGUUCUCUUUUGCUCCCUUCUCAAUGACUGCAGCAAGUGCGACUGUCAUUCUGACACCUUCCUACAGGACUGUUGCUGUACACAGGCAUCGUUGGUAUCAUUUCCCAUCAGUGUUAAGAUGCACAACGAAGCCCAAUUUUUAAUGCCAUUUUAAAGUAGCUCCUACAGAGUAAGUUACACUCUUAAAAGCACGGCACCUCGGAGUGGCCUUCUCUUGCUCUGUAUUCCAAGGGCAGGUAUAGCGCAUCUCACAUUUACAACAUUUCUCCUCUUACAGAACAGAGUAGCUAAAAAAGCUACUUCUACUGCAUUUUCAUCAGUUGACUUCUAAAGUACUGCUUUUGUACGCUAUCCCUCCAGUCUAAGUGUGGGGUUGCACUUACCGAAUGGUUUGAUGGCACUUAUUUUGUUUUCUAUUAAAACUGGUUUCUUUGUAGAUGCAGCUCAUAAUUUAUAUACCUGUGGGAUUUUUUUUGCUUUUUUUUCCAAACUAGAUGAAGAAUGCAUCUACAGGGAGACAAAAAAAAAAAAACUUUAUAUGGGAUAAUCCUAUGUCUCAAGGUGUUACAUCUUUCAACAAAGUGGAUGUGGAUGGUGUGUUUAGUAUGAUUUGUGGCGGGCUGGCUGGCUGCACUGUACUGUGGAGAAAAAAAAAAUUGGCUUGCUGUUUAAAUAAAUAAUGGAGAGAAAAAAGCAUUACCUUAAAUUUGCACAGUGCGAAGCUUUUGUACCGUCAACUAUAUUUAACACAUUAAUAUAAGGCUUUCAAAUUGUUGGAUGUAUUUUAGUCAAAAUUAUGUAACAAAUAAAAAUGACAUUUAGAUGUC